AUGUCGAGUGUUACUAUUCUAUUAAUUAUUUUAAUUAAUAAUAUUUAUCAAAUAAUUUCGAUAAGUCAAUGUGAUUUAUUAAAUAUUAUUGAUAUACAAUCAGCAGCCUAUUGUCAUUCAUUAAUAUUACGUGUACAACCAAUAUAUUUAUCCGAAGAAAUUUCUGAAAAUAUUGUUACAAGAAAAGUUCGCAUACGUGAAGUUAUUAAAUUACCACGAAAUAAUAAUCGUCAAAUGAAAAUGAAUGAUAUAAUUAUGAUUCGUAUUGAUAAUGAUCUUGAUGAAAUGCUUGAUGAUUCAUGUUGGCAUUUACUUCGAAUAGAUAAGGCUGAUAUUACUCUAUUUCUUAAUGAAACAAAUACGAAUGAAUUUGAUUUACGUUAUCCACCUGUUGAAACAACAUUACGUUUACGAGAAAAUAUUUAUGCAGUUAUGAAUUAUGAGACUUAUUCACCACAAGUUAUUAUAAAGACUCGAGUUGAUAAACCAUUCAUAUCAAAUGAUUAUUCAUUGCAAUGCAAUGCUCGUGGUAAUCCAAUUCCACGCUUAUUAUGGAGUAAGAACAAUCAAUCAUAUGGAUAUUAUCCAACAUCCAAACAAUGUAAAACACCAUGUCGUAUUUACUCAAUUCAAAAUAAAUAUCAAUCGAUUUUAUAUUUUCAAUCAUUAACAAAUGCCGACAGCGGUGUUUACGUAUGUCACGCUGAAAAUACAAUAAAUCAUACAACGACUAGUAUCUCGAUAAAUGUCGAUGAGAGUCCAAUAAUAAAUCGAUUAAAUAUAAGUGUGACAUGUGAUAAUUUAAAAAUUUGUCAUAAUCAAGGUCAAUGUAUUAUUAUAAAUCAUCAGAUGAAAUGUUUAUGCAACAAUCAAUAUUUUGGUGAACAAUGUGAAACGAAUUAUGAUGAUAUUUUAAAAAAACAAAAUAAUGCUUUUCAUUUAUUUAAAUCACGUUUUUUAACUGGUUCUAUUCUUAUUCUUAUUGCUUUUAUUCUUUUAUUAAUUGCAUUUCUUUCUUGUUUUCUUACAAUUAAUAAUAGAACAAAAGAAAAAAAGAAAUUAACAUCAAAAUUAAUUAUUAAUCAUAAUAAAAAAUCUAAAUCUCAAAUUAUCGAGCAAAUAAAUAAACCACAAAUACAAAAAACAUUAUCAUCACCUAUUAUUCAAAUAGUAAAUAAUCGUUCGGUAUUAACAAAUAAAUCAACUACAUCAAAUAAUAAUUUAAAUUUUAAGAAUUUAAAUGGUUAUUAUGUGCCAAGAAACACGAAUGAAGAAUGUUAUUCGUUAAAAAUUGAUCAAAUUGAUGAUAUUAAUUAUGAAACAAAAACGAAUCAUUUAAUUCUUUCCGAAGGUUACUUAGAAUUUUAUCAACCAGAUGCUGAAUCAGGUUUAAUACGACCAUUAACUAUACCAAAAGAUAUACCAAAACGUUAUACAAAAUAUGCACCAUCACAACAUCGAUUUCUUUUACCUCGACCAAUUAAUCGACAAUGA